AGGGGAAAAGAACCAGCGAUCAGCAUUUCGCUGAUUUUCAAGUGCACACCGAGCAGCGCGUCAGGCAGCUUUGGGUCAGAACACGCCAAUUCGGAGUUUAGGCAAAGGCAGAGGCCAGCGCGGUCACGGAUUCCGAGCGGGGGGCGGGGCCGACCACACACGUUGUGAGACUCGGAGGCUGAGGAGUGCGGGUUAGAAAAUGUGACCCUGGCGACUGGUCCACCUGUAAGCGGAGCGUGCCGAGCCGCCAGCGGAGGCGAUGGCCAGCCCCGCGCCCUUAGUGGCCUCCAUCGGCCACCAAAUGGUGGCUCUGCAGACCUUGCAGCUGCUGCAGCAGGAGUGGGGCUGGGGGGACGGUCCGGGCGCCCCCGGGAACCCGGACCACGUGUCCACCUGCCCCAGUCGGCGCUCAGGCCGGCAGCGGGCCUGGCCGGGGCCCGGGCGCGAGGAACGGGGCAGGGGCGUGGGGGCCAGGAAUCGGGGGACCCGCACACGGGCUAGCUCCCCAGAGGAGGCGGUGGUGCGGGGCGCGGAGGGGGGCGCUGAGCUACUGCCCUUUCCUCGGGACCGCGGACCUUGCACCCUGGCCCGGAUGGCGAUGCGCAGCGCGCUGGCCCGCGUGGUGGACUCGACCUCGGAGCUGGUCAGUGUGGAGCAGACGCUGCUGGAACCCCUCCAGCAGGAGCGGUCUUUUCCCAUCCACCUGAAGGACAGUGUUGAGUUUAGAAACAUCUGCAGUCAUUUGGCUCUACAGAUUGAAGGACAACAGUUUGACAGAGACUUGAAUGCUGCCCACCAGUGUUUGAAGACAAUAGUCAAGAGGCUGAUUCAGUCACUUGCUAAUCUUCCUUCAGAUGCCCACGUGGUAGCCUGUGCUUCCUUGAGACAGAUCUUACAGAAUCUCCCAGACAUAUGA